GACCGGUGUCUCAGUACUGUAACGUUAAUUAUUAUUUUAUUUUAUUAGAAAAGGAAAUCGUUACCUAAAGUCUUCGAAAGAGAGUAGUCUGGUUUUAAGGCUGGUUCUCGCAGACUCAACUGGAAUCCGCGGCUAAAAAUGGCGACUGAAGUUGUUGUAGAUAUGGUCCCCGACCAAGAGUCGGAGAGUAAAUUAAAUCAUCCAGAUGAUAAAGUCGCUCAAAUAAAUAUUGAGAUUGAGGAUACGGAUUCAACUACGAUGAAUGGGAAACCUGUUUUGUUAAAUCAUGCUGAUAUGGUUCAAAAAACCAGAGACGCAUUUUACAGCGGAAAAACACGAGCUUUGAAAUGGAGGAUUCAUCAGAUAAAACAGCUCAGGAGGAUGCUGGAAGAAAAUGUUGAGCAGUUUCAUUCGGCGUUAAAGUCUGAUUUAAGAAGGAGUAAAUUCGAAAACUGUUGCCUUGAAAUAGAUUACACAUUGAAUGAGAUCACGCAUAUGCUGAGGCACAUAAAAGAGUGGUCAGCUGUCGAAAAGCCUCCAAAAGAUCUAGUGAACAUUCUCGACUCACCGGAAAUUCACAAAGAUCCUUACGGUGUUGUUUUGGUAAUCGGAGCAUGGAAUUAUCCGCUGCAAUUAUUAUUAGUACCAGUUAUUGGUGCAAUUGCUGCGGGUAAUUGCGUUAUUAUGAAACCAUCAGAAGUAUCUCCAGCAACUGCUGAUACCAUUGCCCGUUUGGUCCCGAAAUAUUUAGAUACUGAAUGUUAUCACGUCGUACUCGGUGGUGUCGCUGAGACAUCCGAAUUAUUAAAGCAGAAAUUUGAUUAUAUAUUUUACACUGGCUCCGGUAAUGUUGGAAAAAUAAUUCGUGAGGCUGCUAAUAAAUAUUUGACACCAGUGACACUCGAACUUGGCGGUAAAAGCCCGGUAUGGAUUGAUAACACAGCAGACUUAGAUAUCACAGUGAAACGUGUACUCUGGGGUAAAUUUAUAAACGCUGGGCAAACAUGCAUCGCACCGGAUUACGUUCUCUGUACAAAGGAAAUUGAAAAUAAAUUUAUCGAACGCGCAAAAAAAAUAAUCAAAGACUGGUACGGCGACAACCCGAAACUGAGCAUGGAUUUGUGCCGUAUCAUAAAUCAGAAUCAUUAUCAGCGACUUGCUAAUUUGUUAAUAAACAGCGGGAAAGUCGCCGUGGGAGGGGAUUUAGAUCCCCAGGAAAAUUAUAUAUCGCCGACGAUUCUCGUUGAUGUUAAAGCGAGUGACCCAAUAAUGCAGCAGGAAAUUUUUGGACCGAUAUUACCCAUCGUUAAUGUCUCGAAUGCGUAUGAAGCCAUUAAGUUCAUUAACGAACGCGACUGUCCCCUCGUAAUGUAUAUAUUUUCCAAGGAUCGAGAAACACGCGAUCUGUUUAUAAACCAAACGCACAGUGGUGCCAUUUGCUGCAAUGACACAAUAAUGCAAUAUGCCGUUGACUCCCUGCCAUUCGGUGGAGUCGGAGGCUCUGGAAUGGGGGCCUAUCAUGGUAAAUUGACUUAUGAUACAUUUACACACAAGAAAAGUGUACUUGUAAGAGACACUAGUUACCUUGGAGAAGUACUUGCUUCAGGCAGAUACCCGCCGUACAGUGACAAGAAAUUGAAAUUCUUGAGUCUUCUGUUGGCCAAAAGACCCGACAUACCCGGGAUAAAAUACUUGCCGCAUUUAAUUAUGUUCGGAUUGGGAGUACUGGCUACUGUGGGGAUCAGAGCUGCUAUGAAGGAAUUUGGAUCACCAGAAGACCAACAAUAAAUCAAAUAAAAUAAAAUUUGGCAUUGCACUAAAUUUACCUCAUCUGAAACUGAAAAAUAAAUCAAACAAAAAAAAAAAAAAUAAACAAAGGGACCAGUGGAUUUUCACAUUUAGUACAACUAGUAUAAUAAUUAUUAAAAGUUUAUUUACAAAAUUAGUUAUCACUUGUAAAAUAUAAUUAUAAAUAAUUUUUUUUAUAAGAUUAAAAAUUUAUUUACACAA